AGUAGUCACAACAAGUGUAAUAUCUAUUCUAUAUAUAUGUGGAUGCGGUUUGUUCACGGUGCAUUUUAAUUGAAGAAUGUCGAUUUACAUCAAUUGCCGUUUAUAUAUAUUGAUACUGGUAUCCACUUGAUUCGCGCAGCAACGAGUGAGCUGCGUCGCCUUCGAUAAAUUGAUAUUAUGGUCGUGGAGAUGUGUGUGACAACACCAAUUUAAAUGUGAUAUCACGACUAUAAUGCGUCUACGCAAAGAAUUUACGCUGUUAAGAUAUCGCCGUUUAUUAAGAUUUUGGUAAAAACGAAUUUUUUCACUCGAAGGGAAAAUGAGUGAGAGGAAAUUCACACGAGCUUUAGGGAAACCCGGGAUGGCUGCGCAGCUGCGGGAAACGGUUUCCCAGGUUGUUCGUGAAAGUGCUGUUCAGAGCAAACUGCAUUUAGUCGAUCCUAUUGACUUUGAAAGUUUUGUAACAGAAAAUAAAACACUAUUGCACAACGACAGUCAAAGAGAACUAUUAUUGUAUCCUAUAGAUGAUGUGAAGAAUGCUAAACAACCUAGAGAAUAUCGCACAACUAUCUGUACUGCUCCAACGAAAAGUCAAUUGGAAGAUGCAAAUCUAUUCACUAAAGAAUGUAUAAAGAGUUAUUUUUCUGACUGGAAUUUAAUCCAUUACAAGUACUCUGCUUACAGUGGGUCAUACCUAGAUCUACCUUAUAAUAGCAGAAAAAUACUGAAAGAUGAAUCCAAGGAUGAAGUGUAUGAAAUUGAUGUGGAAGUUGAUCAAGUUGAUGAGGAUAUUAAUCAUAAAAAUGGCAUUACAAAAGAAGGAUAUUUGAUGAAAGGGCCUGAAGUUGGAGUUAGUGAUCGUAUUAUGUUUUCAAACAUUGGCUCAAAAUCAUUUAAAAAACGUUUUUGUCAUCUGAGACAGCAAGUUGAUGGAACUUAUAUUCUGGAAUUUUGCAAAGAUGAGAAAAAAUCAGAUGUUAAAAUUGCUAACUUAGAUUUUUGUACAGAAAUUGUAAGAAAUCAGAAGCGUGGAAAGUAUUGUUUUGAAUUAAAGAUGAAUGGUCCUCAUAAGUCAUAUGUAUUGGGUGCUGAAAACGAAGAAGAACUGCAAGAUUGGAUUACGAAGUUAAAUACUGUUAUACAACAUUACAAGCAACAAGAAGAGACACAAGCAGCAUUACUAGAAAAAACUAACGAUAAUAUAUCUACUUUGCCACAGGCUAAUUAUAAUUAUGGCACUUUGAAAGGACUAGAGCAAAGUAUGAAUCCACAAUUAAUAAAAUAUUCUCAAGAAACAGAUACCAGUAUUUCAUUAGCAAGAAGGAAAAAUCGUAAACUUAUUUUUCAGAUGUAUUUACAUACACAGCACGGUAAUAAAAGCUCAUUAUUACAAGAUAAUGAUAUUAAGCCAUACAAAGAACAAUUCAAUCAAAGAAUAUUAAUAAAGUGUGAAAGUAUCAAGUUUAAACUACUAGCACACAUUGAUGAAAAAGAAUCUCUAUGCCAAGUAGAACCUUACUUUGCAACAUUAAGUAUUUUCGAUGCAAGAAAUCACAGAAAAUUAAGUGAAAAUUUUUAUUUUGACAUCAAUCAUGAAUCUUUGAAUACUAUUAUACAAAAUAAAAAACAUGAGGAAAAUUCAUCAGAUGAUUAUUCAGAAUUUCCCGAUGAAUUAAAAAACAUUCCAAUAUCUUGGCUUAACAGUGCUAAACAAGCUAUAUUUAAUGUAAGCAAUCCACAUCCAGAUAUAUUUCUUGUGGUAAGGAUUGAUAAGAUUCUGCAAGGAAGUAUUAAUCAAACAUGCGAACCUUAUGUACGAGCUACAAAAGAUCCUUCCUUAGGAAUAAAAAUACGUAAACAAGUUCAAGCUUAUUCGCAAAGAGUGGGAAAUUACAAGAUGCCUUUUGCUUGGUCAACUAGACCAUUAUUUAGACUAUAUAGUAAUGAGUUAGAUACUACAUCAGAUUUCUCAGUUAUUUAUCGUCAGGAAGGAAGCAAAAUAAAAGACGAGGAAUUGUUAAAGUUGCUUUCAGAAUAUAGAAAGCCUGAUAAAUUGAACAAACUUACUGUAAUACCAGGAACAAUAAAAAUAAACAUUGAAGCAAUUAUACAAAACCCUGAAAAUUCUUUAACAACAACUUUAGUACCCGUGAAACCGUUUCCAAAACCAACAACGUCUGAUUUAACGCUAGAAAUAGCUGAAUUUGAAAGUUCAUCUGAAAAGGAUGUUCACCCAUUUACCAGUUACAUAAAUCACCUCUUUGUAUACCCCCAGAGUCUCAUGUUUGAUACCCAAAAGCUGUUCAAUAGGGCAAGAAACAUUGCAUGUUGUAUUGAAAUUAGGGACAAUGAUAUUCAGGAAACACAGUCAUUAAAAUAUAUUUAUGGUCGUCCUGGGGCUUCUUCUUUUGUGUCGAAAAUUUGUUGUUCUGUUUUACAUCAUAAUACAACUCCAUCAUGGUAUGAAGAAGUAAAAAUAAAAUUACCAUUGAAACUUCAUACCAAGCAUCACCUCCUCUUCACUUUUUACCAUAUAAGCUGUAACUUGAACAAGAAAAAAGAGAAUGGUGUUGAAAACUGUCUUGGCUUUGCUUGGUUGCCUUUAUUGUCGAAGGGCAGGCUCACUUUGAUCGAAGAAAGUAAAAGAGUUUUACCGAUAGCUACCAAUUUACCAGACGGCUACUUGUCAGUUCAACCUCUUGGUCUAGGAAAAGGCAACGCCGGACCUGAUAUAAUAUGGAUAGACUCUCAGAAGCCAAUUUUCACUGUUACUAUUCAAAUCCAUUCUACAGUUUUCACAAAAGAUCUGCAUUUACAUAAUCUCUUUGCACAUGCUGAGAAAAUCAUGGAUUCAAUACCGAUUUCUGUGCCUUCUGACUCGGAAAGCUGCAAGAUAUUGAAAUCGGCGCAUGCUAUACAAUUAUCAACAGCAAUAUCAUUUUUACCAACUAUUUUCAAUCAAUUACUCACUUUACUCACAUGCAAUUUAACAGAUGAAGUAGGUCAGUGCGCCGUUAGAUUAUUAAUUCAUCUUGUUAAUUUUAUUCAUGAAGCUGGGCGUCAAGAAAUUUUACUCGCUUACGUUAAGUAUGUUUUCCUGUCGCCGACAAACAAGUCAAAUAAUACUUUAACUGUUCACGAACAGCUUGUCAAGUUCUUGCCGACAUUAUUUUUACCAAAUAAUAUGGAUCUAGUUUUAUUGCAUAAGUUUAUGGUUCAUUCGAGCUUAUUUUUUGAUAUUAUUGUUAAGAGUAUGGCGCAGUAUCUUCUAUUUUCAGGAAGAAUAAAAAUGCAUCGAAGUGAACGAUUCUCAAAACAAUAUCAGGAGAAAGUUGAGCUAUUUGUUCAAGUAACAUCAUCACAUUUGGCGAAUAAAUGCAAGGAAGUACCACAUGAAUCUCAUGCGCUUAACAAAAGCUUAGCACAAUUUUUAAAACGCUGUCUUACUUUUAUGGAUCGCGGUUUGACUUUCAAGCUCAUCAGUGCUUGCAUUGAUAAGUUUGCUGCCGGAAGUUCUCGUCUUAUCAGUGAUUUGAAAUUUAAUUUUCUUCAGAUCAUAUGUACUCAUGAACAUUUUAUUUCUUUCAAUUUACCAAUGACAAAGUUGAUGAGUCCAACCAGAUCAGAACCAGUAAACGACGAUUAUUACUUAUCGGAAAACUUCUGCAAAUAUCAUUUUCUAGUCGGGCUGCUUUUGCAGCAAGUUAAAGUUUCGUUGGAUGAAACUGUACCGUUACGUAAAGUCGCAGUUUCUAUUUUGAGAGAUUUAUUGGCUAAACACGAGCUGGAUGACAGAUAUCAAAUCAAUGGACGAAUGAGCAGAAUAGCAUCGUUAUACAUACCAUGGAUAAGCAUUUUAUUAGAAAAUUUUGAUCGUUUAGAGUCUGUAAGUAACAUGUUUGAAAAUGAAAUACAAGAUUUGACCGAUGCAAUUUCUUUACGAACUCGCGGAUCGAUCUACAUGGGAUAUCAAGACAUUAACUCAAAAUCUAAUAGUAGAUUAAGCGGUGUAAACAAUAUUUCCGCUUUAUCUAGUACUCCAAUAAAAUUAUCGCAUAGCAGGGGUUUGGUUCCAAGUGAAAUAGAAUCAUCUCCAAUAAGAAAUUCCACCAGUAUUCGAGAUUCUACCUACUUAGCCGCUAUUGCCGGCCAUGGUAUGGUCGAUAGUCAUUCUUGCAGUAUUGAGUCUGAUCUAUCCAAUACAUCGACAGUAACUCAAAUAAAUAAUAUGCGUGGAAAUAACAUGGGAAAUGGCGAUUUGGUGAUACUUAAUGAUGAGAUGAAAGAGCACAAAGAACAUUCGCGAUCUGUGAACCUUUCCCGAGCAUCUACUACUUCGCCGAGAUGUGACAAAUUCCAAUCUUCGGAAGUUCAAGAUCUACUGAUAUGCUUCAUGUUCGUAGUGAAACAUCUGGACGACAAACAGAUAAUUUCAUACUGGCAACAGUGUACAGACAUUGAGAUUCAGAAAUUUUUAUCGAUAAUAGAAUUGAGCUUACAUCAUUUCAAGUAUCAAGGUAGACGACAAUCAUCAGCCAAUAUUGUACAAGAGAUAGGCAAACCAAAAACUACAAAAUCCAUGACAUUGCCCGCAAGAAUGUUUCCACCUGACUUUUCGAACGAUAAUUCGCCUGCCACUGGAACAUUGCAACCUCAAAAUACGACUGCUAUUAGAGAAAAUUUGUUGGAACAUGACAGUGAAAAGCAUUAUUAUAAAACGCAAGCUAAUUUGUCUGUAGAAAUUGGUCUUAUUGUACUCGAUUGUUUAGGAUUGUUUUGUUUGAAUUUUAAGGAUUUAUUAGUAGAGGCCAAUAGCAGUAAUCCUAUUACGCAUCAGAUAAUUAAUAUAUAUUUGACAUUUCUUCGACUUGGUCAGUCAGAAAAUUUAUAUCAUCAUGUUUUCGCUGCUUUACGAGCUUUCUUGAAUAAUUAUUCUAUAACGUUGUUCCAAGGCAAUGGAAAACUAUGCGGACGAUUGUGUUAUGAAUUAUUGAGAUGCUGCAACAGUAAACUUAGUUCGAUCAGACAAGAAUCAUGCGCCUUGCUUUACCUACUCAUGCGUAGUAAUUUUGAAUUUACUAGUAGAAAAGGAUUGACAAGAGUACAUCUUCAAGUGAUGAUUUCGGUAUCACAAAUGUUAGGAAAUAUUGUUGGAUUGAAUAAUUUAAGAUUCCAAGAGUCUUUAUCGUUGAUUAAUAGUUAUGCUUGUUCGGAUAAAGUUAUGAAAGGGACGAGCUUUCCUUUGGAAGUUCAAGAUUUAAAUAAAAGAAUUAGAACAGUUUUGAUGGCUACAGCACAAAUGAAAGAGCAUAAUAAUGAUCCAGAAAUGUUGCUUGAUCUUAAACACAGUUUAGCCAAUUCCUAUGCUAGCACCCCGGAGUUGAGACACACAUGGUUAGAGACUAUGGCUCGUAAUCACAUGCGAGAUGGAAACUAUUCUGAAGCUGCCUGCUGUCAAUUACAUAUUGCCGCUUUGAUGGCCGAAUACUUGAAAUUGAAUAAGCUGAACGAUUGGGGCGCAGAAGCUUUUGAAAAGAUUUCCAAAAAUAUUCCGAGAGAUGAAAAAGGAUUGAAACUCGACGCUGGCGUGCAGGAUGUUCAUUACAACGAUCACGUUCUGUUAGAACAACUAGAAUCUUGCGCUGAGCUUCUGGAUAAAGCUGAAAGAUUUGAAUUACUUGGGCAUUUAUACCGUUUGAUAAUACCAAUCUAUGAAAAGAAGAGGAAUUAUCAAGCGCUUGCUAACUGUUACUCGCAUUUAACGCAAGCUUAUAACAAAGUGGUUCAAGUCAAUAAAAAUGGGAAAAGAUUGCUUGGUCGUUAUUACAAAGUAGCAUUCUUCGGCUCGGGAUAUUUUGAGCAAGAGCACGGUAUUGAAUAUAUUUAUAAAGAGCCAAAAUUGACAACGCUACCGGAAAUAUCCGAACGCCUGCGAAAUUUAUACGCUAAAAAAUUUGGAGCUGAGAAUGUAAAAAUCAUGAUGGACUCGACAUUCAUUCAGAUGUCGGAUUUGGAUCCUAAAAUCGCCUACAUUCAAGUUACAUACGUUGUGCCAUAUUUCGACGACGUCGAACUUGAAAAUCGUUUGACCGAUUUCGAGCGUAAUCAUGACAUAUCGUGUUUCAUGUUUGAAACUCCAUUCACACAGGAUGGAAAUAGAACAACAGGCAAACCCGAAGAUCAGUGGAAACGACGAACUAUUGUCACAACUGAAUAUUCGUUUCCGUAUGCCAAAAAACGUAUUCAAGUAAUUCAUAAAAAGAUAAUAGAAUUAAGUCCAAUACAAGUAGCUUUAGACGAGAUGAGACAAAGAGUACAAGAAUUACAAGACGUUGCCAUAACUAGUGGUACGUGCGAUGCUAAAAAGCUACAAUUAAAACUUCAAGGCAGUAUUUGCGUAACCGUAAACGCAGGUCCUCUGGCUUAUGCUAAUGCCUUUUUGAAUCCUCCUAGUUCUGCACAGUAUCCCGAUGAUUUAGUUCAAGAACUGAAAGAUGUUUUCAAAGAAUUCGUAAAAAUUUGUUACACAGCUCUUCAAAUCAACAGCAAAUUAAUUAGCUGUGACCAACACGAAUAUCAAGAAGCAUUACGUGAGAAUUUUCAAAAGUUUUGUCAGAACCUAUCGUCUAUUUUGGGUGAACCAGUGUGGCCUAACGAGAAUAUUAUAAGCUUUAAACGCAACAGUGCCGCUCUAUUCAAUGCCAUAAGCGGUACAACAAGUAGUCACUCGAGUACAGCAUAAUGUCAAGACUGAUU